CAAGCAGACUUUUUGACAGGAAGUAAUCGUCGUGGAAAUUCGACGAUGAAUAAUGAAUCCCCGUUUUAUUUCAUAAAAUGUUCAUUAUUCGGGAUAACUGUGCAAACAAUAUAUAUUAUUGUGUAAGGUGUUGUUUAUAUGGAAGAACAAAAUACUGGUUGGUGGAAAGUUUUGAUAGGUUGUGAAAUGAUAUGAGACUCAAUUUGACAAUACCAUUGGCAAACGCAAAACGGCAAUGCAAAAUGUUUACAACAGUUGUUUUCAAAAUUGCAGUUCUACUAACUUUCCUGGUAACAGUUCAAUUUUGCAGUGCCGAAGAAGCUGCUCAAACUGUCAGUAAUGCAUUGGAUAAAAUACCACUACCCAACGAAAACUGUCCAAGUUCAGACGAGGUGUGCCAAGAAGAUAUUGUUAACCUUGAUGCCAUCCGCACGCUUCACAAACAGAUAGAUGAUGAUGAGAGCGGCAACAUUGACCUAGAUGAAAGUCAGGAGUUCUUCAAAGAAGAACUACAAAACACAGAUGGGUUUGAACGCCAGUCGAUUUUUCACGGAAAAGACGAUAAAAUCAGCGUUGAGGACUUGUGGAAUGCAUGGAAAAGAUCUCUAGUAUACAAUUGGACAGUGGAAGAUGUGGUCGACUGGCUCGUCUCAUCGGUCGACAUGCCGCAGUAUGCCCCACUCUUCAGGGAGAAGGGCAUCAAUGGGUCCAGACUGCCCAGGGUUGCAGUGAACACCCACCACUACCUGAGUCAGAGCCUUGGUAUCCGGAACACAGUCAACAAGAAAAAACUCUCCCUAAAGGCCAUGGAUGUUGUCCUGUUUGGACCAAGCAUAAAGCCACAUAAUUACAUGAAGGACAUUAUUCUGACCACUCUGCUGGUUAUAGCUGUAUGUGGUCUCUGGUUCGCCCUUAGACAGAACCAGCACUCUAAGGAAGAGAUGAAGAAAAUGAUGGCAGACCUAGAUGCUCUACAGAAGGCCGAAGACUCCCUACAAGAUAUGAACGAAAAGUUACAGAAAGCAGAAGAGGUCCAGAAUGUGGUUGUGCAGGAGAAAAAGGAAAUUGAAACAAAAUAUAAGGAGGAAAUAGAGAAAGCCAAGCAAAGAGCAGAAGAGCUAAUGAAUGAGAGGCAGGGCAGUAACUUGGAAGAGUUAUCCCGACUCCAGUUGGCUGAACAGGAACUUGCUGAGCUACGAGCUGCAUUGUUGCAAGCUGAGCAAGAACUAGAGAACCACUGGAGUUACGGUGCCCCUGCAGAACUUCAACAGUGGCUACAGUACACAUUCGAGUUGGAGCAGCAACAUUUUCAGGCCAAACAACAGGCUGCGCAGAGACAGUUUGGCACUGCAAAAGAGGCUUGUGAAAAAAUCCGUCGGAAAAGAACAGGAGUUUUAGGCACAUUAAGAAUAGCUCAGGGGAACUCUAUAGACAAUAUUGAUCAACGGAUUGUGCAAGCAAGGAUGGCCCUGGAGGAGAUAAGACAUGAUAUGCAGGAACGCCAACACCGCUGGCAGACCAUCGAGGGCUUCUGUGGGUUCCCCAUUCGUACAAACGCAGGGCUCGCCAAACUUGAGCAUGCCCUGUAUGAUGAUGGAGGCUCACAUUCCCGUGUCUCAAUGGUCGCGCCCAUGAACGUCGAGGACGCAGACGAAGAUUUCCCUCCCCACUACCCUGCUGCCACAGCUAUGCUAUUCAAUACAACAUCGAAUGGUGGUUUACGUCCGUCUGCCAUGUUUUCAGACAUUGCUAGUAUGAAGAGAAGAAUGAGUCUGCGAGCAAUUUUCACUCAUGGGGAAAAAGGCCUUGGAGGGAGUGUUGGAGAGCUAAAACGUCGCCAGGUAUCUAUGGGCAGUACAAGCUCACUUGCCAAGUCACCCUCUGGGGUCUUAAGCAGUCACAAGCGGGAAUCAGUUGACAGCGGGAUAGCCCUCAAGUCCCUGUCUGCAACGAGUCCUAACGGCCAUUCCAUGCCCGUAGCAUUCCAAUUGGGCUCACACAGCCCAACCUCAUCGCCAGACAGCCCACCAAAUGGCAACCCGCCAUUACUUCUUGGAGCCCCCAGCGAUGAAGGGCGAUUUCCUCGCUCCAAAUCCUUGUCCGUAAUGAACCCCGCCCACUCAGCAUUCCCAGGGUCGAGAGUUCCCCGGCCUGAUAUGCUGGUUGGUCACAAUCUUCAGGCGACCCACAAGCCUGAAAUGACAGGCAUGAAGCGAACAGAUUCAGAUGGAAGUCUUACAAAGCGUGCACUGCCCAAACAGGUGACCACAGUUGGUGGAAUGGGCAACUCGAGUCAAGAUGAUGACAGCUUGUCAGGGACAGAGUCUUUCGAUAGUGAAGGAAAAGGAAAAAAAGAAAAGAAAAAGUUGAAACUCAUACCUAAAUUUAUGCGAAGAACAGAACUCUGAGAUUCUGUGUAAUAUUAAAGGGCUGUGCUAUUUUAUCAAGCUGGGCUGUGUUGCAACACCCAUUGUGAAAUCAUAUCAACCUCUCAGCACUGAUGCUUUGCUGACCAAGUUUUUAAGAGGGAUUGAAUCUGUGUUUCCUGUACUUUUUCGAUAAUGUUUUUGUGCAUUUGAAACCAGACAAACCUUGAAAUUUGUACCAUUUUCAUGUGAUAUACAUGUUUAAACAAUUCACAUUAUCUGUAAUAGAAAUAGUAGUGUGACUGUUACACAUAUUACUUAGCUAUGCAUGUAAUAAAUGGAUUGCACUCAUGAAAACUAGAAUUUUGUAAAGCUGUCACAUACUGUCAGACUUGAAUUUAAAAAAUGCAUGAUUUUUAGCUCACAAUUGCAAAAAGCUAUAUGUAUGUGAACUCUGGGUCUAUAAAGUGAUGUUUCACCUUUCACAAAAGUCCAUAGCUCAAAUCCAUGUCACUUAUCAGAACAUUGAUCAUCUUAAAUAUUGGCUGUUUAAAUGUUUAAUAUUUAUUGGUACCUACAAUAUUUGUUGACAUGUUUUGUGAUACUGACGAUGUGAUACAUGUUAAUGCAAUGUUCAUGUUUGUAUUUACACAAUAAAAGUUGGUAACUACCUGUACAUAUAGAUCAAUGUCUUUGACAGUAGCAAUGUCACAAUUAUUCUUUUUGAUUUUGUAACAUUUAAUUUCUUAGAAGUUAAGAAUGAAACAUAAGAUUUUGCUAACAUACUUUUGGGCUGAUUUAUUAUAGCUAGAUGCUAGAUCUAAUUGCUUGUUUUCAUAAAUAAAUUAGUUUUUUGAAAAUGCAAGGUGCUUAGUUCUUAUUAUGAAAUCAGUGUUGUAGUUUGAUGUUAUAGGUUUUGUUUGUUAAUUUAGGGCACACAUCUUGUCUGUUGUGUUUUUUAAGAACUAAAAUUGAGGUACUGUAUUGUCAUAGUCUUGGUGUGGUUGUUGGCAUCAAUAACAGUCAAAACUGUGACCUGAGAGAGUUCUCAAAACCUGUUCAAGGUAUUUACAUGAAAUUUAGUACAACAGUUACCACAGAAAAUACAGUCAUGUGUAGCUAAACCAUUACUCUGGCUCUUAUCUUUGUUAAGUUAUGUCCCUUUUUGACUGAAAUAACAGAUGAGCAUUGAAAUCUGCUCUCAGCGCUCUUGUUAUGCAUAAUUUUGGGAGAAAGAUGUCUAACCACUAACGGUAUGUAACUCCUAGACAUAAACUAGGUAAGCUUAUCAAUUAAUAAUAAUAUACAAAGAAAAGGUUAUAUUCAAAUAGCUUUUCAUUUUUUUCGCCAAAUGAAUUAUUUGUCAUAAUAAUCAGUUUUAUUUAUGAUGCAGUAAAACCUUUAUGGUUGUGAUUUUACUUUGUUCGCAUGACUUUCAGCUUAGAAAGAUUUUGAUUUUACAUUAUGUGAAAAUCUGACAUUAUUUGCUUGCAUGACUGAUAAAAUGUAUUGACUAAUUAAUCAUGAAUGUUAUUACAGUUAUUCCACUAAUUAUAAAGGAAAAAAAGUUUGUUUUCUUUUAUUUUAUUACUAGCAUUUAAAAAAUGACAUUCCCAAGUUUUUGCCCUGCUAACUUUUCAUUAGAUGAUCACAUGACACAUCAUUCAUGCUUACACAUUAACUUCUUUUUUCAGUUUUCUCUUAAAGGGACUAGACACCAGAUGGUCCCAAAAUCGGCGAAUACAGUAUUUCCUCAAAACAAGCCUAGAAUUGUCAAUAUAAAUGAGAUAGUAUGAUGCCGAUGAUACAUCAUUUUACAUGAUUAAAAUAGUAUUUUGUUGCUGUCUUAGCUGAGUUUACCCUUUUAAAAAUAGUGCAAAAUCAGGUUUUCCAGUUUAUAGUAAUGUGUUUAUAGUAUAUUCAGCAUGUGAAAGUCACAUGAUUAGUUCAGAUAAAUAUAUCAAUGCUAUUUUUAUGUCUCCCCCUCUCUGGGGGAGACAUAUUGUUUUUGCCCUGUCCGGUAGUCCGUCAGUCCGUCCGUACGUCACACUUCGUUUCCGAUCGAUAACUGGAAAACCGCAUGACCUAGGAUCACCAAACUUGGUAGGGAGGUUGGUCGUGAGGUGUAGAGGAUCCCUAUUGUUUUUGGGGUCACUAGGUCAAAGGUCAAGGUCGCGGCGACCCCCAAUAUAAAAAACAUUUCUGCUCAAAAUCUUGAGAACGGUUUGACCUAGGUUCACCAAACUUGGUAGGGAGGUUGGUCAUGAGGUGUAGAAGAUCCCUAUUGUUUUUGGGGUCACUAGGUCAAAGGUCAAGGUCGCGGCGACCCCCAAUAUAAAAAACAUUUCUGCUCAAAAUCUUGAGAACGGUUUGACCUAGGUUCACCAAACUUGGUAGGGAGGUUGGUCAUGAGGUGUAGAAGAUCCCUAUUGUUUUUGGGGUCACUAGGUCAAAGGUCAAGGUCGCGGCGACCCCCAAUGUAAAAAACAUUUCCGCUCAAUAUCUUGAGAAUGGUUUGACCUAGGUUCACCAAACUUGGUAGGGAGGUUGAUCAUGAGGUUUAGAAAACUCCUAUAUUUUGGGGGGUCACAAGGUCAAAGGUCAACGUCGCUGUGACCUCUAAUGUAAAAAAAUAUUUCCGUGCAAUAUCAGGAGAAUGCUUUGAUCUAGGUUCACCAAACUUUGAAGUGAGGUUGGUCAUGAUGUCUAGAUGAUCCCAAUUGUUUUGGGGGUAACAAUAAUUGAAUAACGCUUGCGCCCAGGAACUUCAUACAAUGCAAACUUCGUUUACAUUUUCCAUGAUUAAUCAACAACACUUUCUUCUCUUCACUAUUUAAUAUAAUCGAAUAAACCAAACUUCACUGUUGGUUUGUCUCCAGUCCAAAGUUACAAAUUUCAUGUCCAUCAUUUAUUUUUUCUCACCUACGACCACACAAUAGGGGAGACAAGCGCUUUUUCAAAAAAGCAAUCUCUAGUUAAAAUUUCUGGUAUAUUCCUAAGUAGGCAGACCCAGUGAAUUUCAAGUUGGAAAAGUAUACAACAACUGCGAAAGAUACAUGUGUCAUAAGUGAUACAUCCGUAAGUAAGAUUCAAUGCGCUGUUCACAACGAUAUAAAUUUUAUGUAAGUUUUUUACUGUUUUCUUUUUUUUCUUGCAAUGGCAUCAUCUGGUGUCUAGUCGCUUUAAACCUUUCAGAAGUAUGUCUGCACUUGAUUUACUCUCACUUUAUUAACUAUAUAUUUUAGGUUAUGUAAAUCUUCAGCUGCUUGUCUGUUAUGAACUCACUUCCUUUCCCUUUAUCCUGUUCUCCGGGUUUAUGAAGUUCUGGUAGUAAGUCUCUGGUGUAAUGUUAUAGUACAUCCUUAUAUCUAACAAAACUGCUGUGUUUUGCUUCAUUUCAGAACAAGCGUCUGAACUAUGUUGAAAAUUCUGUAAGUUUCCGCUGAACCUGAUCCCCCAGUAUAUGUUGAUAUUGCAACAAUGUUGUAUAGACAAAUAUGUGGUUAACUGUCAUGGCUUUGUUAUAUAUAUAUAUUAUGUUGCAUCCUGCCAUGUGAAUAAUUUAUUCCAUUACCUCUGCUUUUUGUAUUAUCUUUUAAAAACUCAGUGUUAUACUGCAUAGUCUAGUGUUGCUUUUGUAUAAGUCUGUUACUUAAAAUAUAGCGAUCAUGCUAUCCCUUCCUUUCUGAAUUGCACAAGGCUGCCAAUAAAUGCAAAUGGAAUCCAAUGGCAGUGUAGCUGCUGCAACCUGAUGUUCCCAUUGUAAUAGAUCCUUGCAAACCCUUAAUUAUUGCUUAGCAGAUAAACAUUUUUUUUUGAUAAUCUUUUGUUUCUAAGAAUUUUGUUACACUGCAAAGACAUUAUGAUUGGUCGUCAAUACUUCUUAAAUUGACAAGAUGAUUAAAUUGGAAAAUAUUGAAGCAAAAAUCAAAAUACACACUGAACCCCCCAGAUAUUUUUUGGCAGUUUUCACAAAAGUUUUACUGUAAAAAUGUUGUUGCUUGCAUGUGUCUUGUUAUAAGCCACAGUGUAAAGCAUUUGCAUUAGUUUAUUCUUUUUCUAUCAGAUUUGAACUAGAAUUUGUAAUGUAAUGGCUGCAAUUGUGUGUGUAGCUAAAAGCAUCUACUGGUAUUUCAUAAGCAAAUCUUUGAAUUGCAUGGCCUUGAAUGUGUCCUAAAAAUAGACAAUGAAAUUUAUGUACACGUAUGACUGUGUUAUUGACAUGCCUGUGACAUGAUGAUAAAAAACCUUAAGUGUGGAAAAUAUGCAAAUUACUAUUCUGCCUUUGUCAAAUACCCCUGGUACACUAUUAUGAUCUUCUUCAUUGAGUACCAUUGGAUAUAUCUCUAGGAAAAUCUGCUAAGAAUUAAAAAUUAAUGAGGCAGUUUCAUUGGUGCUGAAUGGGGACCUCUUUCAAAUCUUAACCAAUGAAAUCAUUUCAUGUGUUCUUUUUUCCUUAUUUAGUAACAAAACCCUGGGAUGAUGUCAUGGUUAUUUUUCUAAGUUGAAGAGUAUUAAUUUGUUACAUGCCAUUUCAUUGGUAGAAGAGUUAUCCCCACUAGCUUCCUCAUUUAUAUUCAUAAGAAUGAUGUUCAGUCAAAUUUUCCAAUGGUAAUAAUGCCGUGUAAAUGAAAUAAAGUUCCAGGGUUGCCGACAAGGUUAUUCCCCUUGCAUGUAAAACAUCAUGUUUUGGUCAUGUUCUAAAACCUUAAUUUCUUUCCCAUUAAAUGAAACAUUAAAAAAUACCACUCUUAAUAUAACUACAGUUUAUUGCCAAAUCAAGUUUUAUUUACAUCUGCUUCCUUUUAAUUUCAGCCACUAAAAAAAUUAUGAUUUUGAAAACCUAGCAUUUUGCUUGCAUUUGGUUUAUUUUUUCCAGUGACAACUGACAGUCAUUGAAAAAAGUGAGCAGCAACAUUCAACACAGGCAGAAAACUGAUUUCUCUGUCAGCAGCAUUAUGUUUGUCAAUGUCAAUCUAUUCCAUUGAUGUCAAACCUCUGUGGGUAUACUUUGUUUAAUGAUCUUGAUGUUACUUAUUUUUUUGUGUUAUUAAAUUAUACUGUUGAUGUCCAUGUGUGUUGAUCAUGUUUCAUACUUUGUUAAAGAACACGAACAAUUUCACCUCUGAUUUGAUAAAUGACAUUUUAAAAGUCUUUAUUUUGUUUUUUGUACACUCACCUAUGUAAAAGAUGCAGAGUAAAUGAUGAAAAUUUUCAUUAUUUAUUCACUGCCAUGCUGACAAUAGUUGCCUUAUACAAUUAUGCUUUUUCUCUCAAUGUAUAGUUUACUAUGUACAACAUGCAGAUGUUUUUUUCAUGAUGUCUGGGCUGACUGAAAGUUUGAUCUCUUACGACACUUUGUGACAACCUCCUCUUUUUGUUUAUCAAUAUGAAUUAUGAAUUGUUCUAUACAUGUUGCUGUUUGAAAGUUAGCGAGGAUUUAUUAUUUGCCAAAUAGACAGAAUCUAUAGCAUAAAGAAUGUCAUUCUUGAAAUAUAUAUUGUCUAGCAAAUGAUUUCAUCUACACAAACGACAUUAAAUUGACAAAAAAAAGUAAAAAUUAGACCACAAUUAGUAGAUGGUAUGUUUAACGUUUCCAAACCAAUCACAAAAAUAUCUGCUACACAGGUUAGGAAAUGCCAAACAAUUUUUUAUUUGUUAUGGCCUUAUCAUUAUUUAUUUUAAAGUGGAAACUGAGUAUUGAACAUAUGAUUUUAAUUUUUUUGUAUGAUUUAAAAUAAUUGACUAAAUUUGACAUUAUAACAUGAAAAAUGAAUCGGUUUUAUUCCAUAUAUUAGCAUUAAAAAAAUAUUGGUGUACACUUUGGAACUUUAAACUGCAUUAAAAAAAUUUAAACUUUCAGUGACCAUUUUUUGGGAAACAAAGAAUAAUUUGAACAAACACUAAUCACAGAUGAGUGAAUGUCUGCUUACCCUUGUUUAUACCUAUAGAAUUGUCUUUAAUGGUAAAAUAAUACAUGUAUACUGAAAUACAAAAAUAGGAAAUCCCGAAUACAACUUUAAAUAAUUAAUGCCGCUUAGUUUGUUUACGUCUAUCUUUAUACAAGAAUCUUAUCAAGAUGGACAUAAAAAACUAAACAGACGUUUGUCCUCUCUUGCCAAAUUGACACUGUUUUGAUGAAUUUUUUAAAGUGUGUUUUCUUUAUAACUAAUAAGUAGAUUAGCGAUUAGUCUUAUAUUAACAACCUCUUAUACAGUGGCAAUUUAUUCAAAAAUGUCAACCCAACAAAUUGUGUUUCAACAAGUUUCUGUUAUGAAUAAAGUACCACACCUUUCAUGUUAAAUGGCAGUGUUGUGUCUUCAAUCAAGGCUGUAAUAAUUAUUGUUUCCAAUUUAAGUUAGUAUUACAAAGCUCAGCUGAUUCAUAAGAUUCAUGAAAAGAUAUGCAACCAUAUAUUUCAUUUUCUUUUAUUCAAUGCAUCAAUUCCAUUUUUUUUCAACUAUAUGAAAAUGAAAUCAAAUUCCAGUUACUGAAAGGGAAAGGUACUCCUUCAUGUUUCUGGACCAAAAAUUAGUUUACCCAGUAAUGCAUCUGAAAACACUUAUUAUUUUAAUCUAUGAUAUCGAAAUUACAGAAAAAAAAUAUUGUUACAUGUAUGGUAUAAAAAAGAAUUUUGGUUUUAGUGGCGUGCAAACCAACACCGCGUAAGUCAAGAAAAAAUAGAAAACUGACGCCUUUACCAGUAGGCAACCAGGACUUAUACAAUAGUGAUGCAUAUUUUGGCCUUUUAGCAAUACAUCACAUGAUAAUGUCAAUCAUCCAAUCACCAAACAAUAAUGUAAUUAAGUGACCAUUAGCAUUAUUAACGCUAAUGAAAAUUGUGGUCUUUAUAUUUAGCAAAUGUCAACAUUUGCAGAAGGGUUCCAGCUUUAGUUUUAACACUCCUGAUGAUUUGCCACACUUAAUUUCGUCAACGAAAUAAGUGCAUUUUACAAAAAUAUGAGAAAAUCCCUACAUAUUUGCUUUCUUUGUUUAUUGCUGGUCUUUUUCAAUGAAAAAAUCGAUGAUAUUGGUUAAGUCUAACUCUUGUCAUUGUUGGCAUUGUGCAAAAACUUGGUCAUAACUUGUCAGAAAUAUUCAAAAUUAAUAAAACUUUGUACACAUGUGAUGCCAUGGACAAUAGCAAGGCUCAUAAAUACGGCUUAGUUACGCUCUGUGUUUGACUGGGAAAAAAAACAACAGACAAAUUUUGGGGUUCCAUCUGCAGUGCUCUUGUUGUGUUAAAUUUAUUACAUGUACAACAUAUUAUAAUCUAAGCAAUCCAUGCUCAACUGAUGUCAGUCAUUCCCAGUUUGCAGAAAGUGGCCUCACUUUUGCCACCUUCUCUAGUGCAUUUACAAUGUUUUGCCAUUUCUGUGGUAAUUUCAGUGUGUAUCCAACAUACUGUUUGAUGAGUUUUGUAUAAUUGUAUAUAUUUGUUAAACUCACAUUGUUAAUGAUUAACUAUUUUGUAGAAUAGAAUGAUACUAUAUUUUUAUCAAUUCUGUUGAUUCAUCGAAUAACACGAGAUGUUGAUUAAAUCAUUGUUAAAUGAUGGACA